AUGGAAAUUGAGGAAGCAGCAACGGAAUCGGCAACCCCGGGAACAGGCAGGAAGGCCACCAGAAAAACAGCCACAAAAAAAACAGCCACAAAAAAGUCCGCAACGAAAACAGCUGCCGGGAAAACCAGUGCGGCCCGACUCAGUACCAGCAUUCCGGCGGGCAAAAAACUGCUGAUUGUGGAAAGCCCGGCCAAGGCCCGAACCCUGAGCAAAUUCCUGGGCUCUGAAUUCCAGAUUAAAGCUUCGGUGGGCCAUGUACGCGACCUCCCGCAGAAAGGCAACUCGCGCAAGGGUCUGGGCAUUGAUGUGGAGCACGACUUCCGGCCCGAUUACCAGAUCAUUCCCGGCAAAGAAAAAACCGUGCAGGAACUCAAGGCCUGUGCCGCCAGGGCUUCCGAAAUUUUUCUGGCUCCCGACCCGGACCGGGAGGGGGAAUCCAUUGCCUGGCAUCUGGCCGAACUGCUGGAAGUCCACGACAAACCGGUGCACCGGGUCAGCUACGGAGCCAUUACCAGAAAAGCGGUGCAGGAAGCCAUUGCCCGGCCACGCAGUAUCAAUAUGGACCUGGUCAAUGCCCAGCAGGGCCGCCGGGUGCUGGACCGUCUGGUGGGGUUUGAGCUUUCGCCGUUUCUGUGGAAGAAAGUGGCAAUGCGCCUGUCUGCCGGGCGUGUACAAUCUGUGGCCGUGCGCCUGGUCGUGGCGCGCGAAAAGCAGAUUCGGGCCUUCGUACCCGAAGAGUACUGGAGACUGCUGGCGGUCCUGGAAGGAACGGAAACGACCGGCAGGGCCGCGCAGUUUUCUGCCGAGCUGACGCAGUGGCGGGGCGAGCGGUUUGCGCUCGGCCGCAAGGCGGCCUCCUGUGAAGAAGAAGUCCGGAAGGUGCUGGCCGUACUGGACAACGCCUGCUACACGCUGGAAGAAGUGCAAAAGAAGGAAACCCGGCGCAAAGCACCUGCCCCGUUUAUUACUUCGACCCUGCAGCAGAGUGCCAGCAACAUGUUCAGCUUCGGGCCUUCGCGCACCAUGGGCCUGGCCCAGAAACUCUACGAGGGCGUGGAGAUCGGCAAUGAUGGCCCGGUGGGACUGAUCACGUACAUGAGGACCGACUCGACCCGCAUCGAACCGGAAGCGAUUGCGGAGCUGCGCAGUUAUAUUGAGUCUCAUUUUCCCGGGCACUACCUGGAGCCCAAAGCGCGCGUAUUCGGCUCACAGGCCAAUGCCCAGGAUGCUCAUGAAGCCAUCCGCCCCACCUCCGUGGCCCUGACUCCGGAGCUGCUGCGUCCCUACCUGGAGCGCGACAGCCACCGCCUCUACACCAUGAUCUGGAAUCGCUUCGUGGCCUCGCAGAUGUCCGAUGCCCGCUACGCUCUGACCACGUUCCGCAUCAGUGCGCGCAGCGCAGACUCCGACACGGCGGACGGCCUGUUGGAAAGUCGGGGCCGCAUCAUGAUUUUUGACGGCUUUACCCGCCUGUGGAACGAUAACAGCACCGGAGCACGUACCAGUAAGACGAAUGCCGGCACGAAGCAGGCGGAAACGGCCACAGGGACUGCUGAAACUGAAAAAACCACCACCGACGAGCAACUGCUGCCCGACAUCGCUGCGGGCAGCCUGCUGGAGAAAAAAGAGCUCCAGCCCGCCCAGCACUUUACCAGACCCCCAAACCGCUAUACCGAAGCCGGGCUGGUCAAGGCCCUGGAGAAAGAGGGUAUUGGCCGCCCUUCCACCUAUGCACCGAUUAUCAGAACCAUUCGCGAGCGCGGCUACGUUGCCCUGGAACAGCGCUCUUUCCGGGCGACCGAGCUCGGCAUUGCCGUGACCGAGGUACUGGAAAAAAAUUUCCCCGACAUCAUGGAUCUGCGUUUUACGGCUGGGAUGGAACAGGAUCUGGAUAAGAUCGAGCAGGGCCAGAUCCACUGGGUCCAGGUAAUGACAGGGUUUUACGGCAAGUUCCACGAGCAGGUAGUCUACGCUUCGGAGCACGCUGAAACCCUGAAGGGCCGGCCCUAUGAAGGGUCGGAAACCUGCCCGCUGUGUCAGAGCAGCAUGGUGCUGCGCUAUUCGCGUAACGGAGCUUUUCUGAGUUGCAGCCAGUACCCGGAUUGCAAAGGCCUGCGCCCGAUGCCUGGUGAAGGCGAGAGCAGUGCCGGACAGGAGCCGGUGGACUGCCCCAACUGUGGUCGCCUGAUGAUUGUGAAAACCUCGCGUUUCGGUCAGAAAUUCCUGGCCUGUAGUGGCUACCCUGAGUGCAGAACGACGCAAUCCAUCGCCCAGGAUGGCAGUGAAGAAGACCUGCCCGAAAUUGAUCACGAUUGCGAAGAUUGCGGCAAACCCAUGCUGGUCAAAACAUCACGCUUUGGUAAAAAAUUCCUGGCCUGCUCCAGCUAUCCUGACUGCAAAAACACCCAUCCGCUGGAUGCCGAGGGCAAUAUCGUGUUCCUGCCCAGAAUCAGGGGCGAAGUCUGUGAGAAAUGCGGUUCGGAGAUGCAGGUCAAAAUGGGUCGUCGCGGCCCGUUCCUGGCCUGUAGCGGCUACCCGAAAUGCCGUAAUGCCAGGCCUCUACCGGGAGAGGAGCCCGACACAACCCCCAGGAAAAAAGUGGCCCGAAAAAAGACGGCCGCAAAAAAAACCACUGCAAAAAAACUGUGGCCAGGAAGACCGCAGCAAAGAAGACUGCCGCAAAGAAAGCUGCGGCCAGGAAGACCGCAGCAAAGAAGACUGCCGCAAAGAAAGCUGCGGCCAGGAAGACCGCAGCAAAGAAAGCUGCCGCGAAAAACGCCACGGCGCUCCAUCCCAGCUGUUGCAGUUGCUCCUGACCGGGGUCCUGCCCCUGCUCCUGCUGAUUGUAUUCUACCAUACCGCCGCAUUGCUGCUGCGACAUCUGCAUCGCAAAGGCAGAAUCAAGGACUACUGGAUUGUAACCUGGCGGCAUCUGAGCUGGCUUUUUUAUCUGGUGGCCCUGUAUCAGCCGAUAGCCCGGAUGCUGCCGCAGUUCAACCAGAGUCUGCUCAGCUUCAGCAGAGUAUUUACCAGCCCUUUGUUUGGGAAAGAGAGCAGCCCCAGCCUGCUGGCGCUGCUGUUGCUGGUGCCCAUUUUUUUUCUGGCCAGCCGCAUGGCCGGGGCCUGUAUUAA